AUGUUGGAUGAUCUCCAUCUUGAAAUCAUCCAAUCCAAUCCCAUUGGGUCGCGUCUGGAUUAUGUUCACUCCUCCUUCAAGUCCAUCUGCUUUAGCAAAGGCAUCUCGCGCCCGUGCCCGCAGGACGCGCUCCGUCAGUUUGCAAGUGAAGAUGCCCAGGGUCUCUCUUUGGAUCUGAUUUCGGCACUUCAGAGCUGCAAAGCCUCUCGCCUCCUCCCAGCCAGUGGACCCGGCAAGAACCUCCACCACGAUCUUUCAAGAUUCAGUACCGCCAUUAACUCCGACGACUUCCACCUCGACCAAAUCAAGCCACUCUUAGAAGCUGUCUUGGUCAACACCGCACCUGACGACAUCCUCAUCUGGCAGCUGGUCUACUGUGCCGUGCUCGAGUCGACGCCCCCGCCUCGACCGACUGCUUCCUCCUUCUCACAGACUCCUUGGAGGUGCAACACCAGCGCAUUUGCCAACUCCUCCGAUUAUCGCCAAGAUGUGGAUCGCGUGCUCAAGGCAGAAUUUGGCGUUCUCUAUGUUGGCCUUGCGGGCUUCACUGAACGAUUCUUUGGGAACAUUGCUGGUCUCGAGGUUGCCGCGGGCGCUGUACUUGCCCAAUGUAGGGAGGGGGAGGAACAGCUUCUGGUGGAGGGCCGAUGGGUAGGGUGGCCGAACGACGCAAAUCAAGCGGAUGUUUUAACCUGGCUGGCGGAUAUCAUCACCAAGCUCGCAGCUUUGGCUGAAAGCGACCCAGCAACCCCGUCCGUUCGACGGCGACUCCUUGCCCAGCCCAACACCCCAAUCAAAGGCUCUACGGCUGAACGCAAGAUUGACGUUGGCCUAGUGAGCGUCACCGACCGUGAAGUCCCCCGGGCUCCCCGGUGCCAUUGGCGGGAGAUUCUAAUACCCGGCGAGCUCAAAAGCAAUCCGGCGGCCGACAUUCACUCGAAGGCCUGGCUGGACUUGGGGAGAUAUGCGCGAGAGGUCCUGGCAGCUCAAGAUACCCGGCGCUUUGUUAUAGGCUUCACUCUCUGCGGGCCCUAUAUGAGGAUCUGGGAGUAUGACCGCUUGGGGGGCAUCGCAUCCGACAAGUUCGACAUACAUAAAGACGCAUUUCGGUUUGUCUCGACAAUUCUGGGCUUUCUCUGGAUGAGCGAUGAGGACUUGGGCUUUGAUCCAACCAUCUAUAACGAUCAAGGCCGGCAUGUAAUCAACAUCCAACGUCAAAACCGGACAGAGCGCCUUAUCAUAGACCGAGUGAUCCGGCGCGCCGCGUGUGUAGCCGGUCGAGCAACGACUUGCUGGAAGGCCCAUCUGGACUGCUCUCCCGAUCAACCUCUGGUUGUGAAAGACUCUUGGCAAUACACGGAGCGGGUGAACGAGGGUGAGCUGUUGCAGGAGAUAACGGAGUUGGGGGUGGUCAACGUUGCUCGGUACUACCAUCACGAGACGGUGCAGGUGUCAGGCACCGAUGAUGAUAUUCGACACAAUGUCCGGAAAGGACUAGAUAUCACCACGGCGGACAAUCAUCGGUCUGGUCGGUCCUCGGACACACCGAGUCCCCGGACAAUGACCUGCCCCCCGGAAGGCCGCAGUAGCACCAGCAUCGUGGGCCGAAAGCGAUCCUCCAGUCCUGCCCGCCUCGCGCUUUCGUCUCGCAAGCGACAUCAAUCCAGAUCGGCAUCGCUUAGUUUGGUCCGGAGCGCCCAGCCCAACCGGAUUCACCGUCGAGUGGUGAUUAGGGAUUACGGCGAGCCGAUCUACAAGGCAAGUUCUCCUCCGGUCCUUUUGCGGGCCUUCGUGGGCUGCAUCCAGGGUCACCAGUCGUUACGCAGUGAGGCUGGGCUACUCCAUCGGGAUAUCUCUGUCAACAAUAUGAUGGUCAAUGAGCAGAGCGACACCCAGUGGCCGGGAUUCCUCAUUGACCUCGACCUUAGCGUGAAGGAGUCACGGGUCAAGGCUUCUGGUGCCCAAGGUAAGACGGGGACUCGAGCAUUCAUGGCGGUCGGGGCACUUCUGGGAGAGCAACACAGCUUUAUGCAUGACUUGGAGUCCUUUUUCUGGGUUCUGUUCUGGAUUUGCAUCCACUAUCACGGGCCGGGCCAUGGGAAUGUUGUGGAAGAAUUCGACGAGUGGAACUUCCUUAAAAUGGAAACUCUGGCGACAACCAAGUUGGGCACUGUGUCUGAUGAGGACCUCUUCUUUCGCACGAUGAGAAACUUCUUCACCGAGUAUUAUAAGCCGCUAAUGCCAUGGGUCAACCGCUUGAGACGAGUCGUGUUUCCUGGUGGCCGGAUGUGGAAGUCAGAAGACGAGGGCUUGUACGCAUCGAUGAUUGAAGUCCUGCAGGCCGCCGAGGAGCACUUGCUCAAAGAAACAGGGGCUGAUCCUGCUGUUUAA